AUGUCACAGAAUAAAGGCAAGGGCAAGGGCGGAGGUGCCGGCAAGGGCAAGAACCCCUCCAAGGCUGUCACCGAGGAGAAGAGAGAGGAUGCGCUGCAGGCCGUGAUCCUCACAGACUCCUUCCAGGAUCGUUUUAUGCCAUUUACCCUCGAGAAGCCACGAUGUCUCUUGCCUCUCGCGAACACGCCGCUGAUCGAAUACACACUUGAGUUCCUGGCCAUGAAUGGCGUCCAGGACGUUUACAUAUACAGCGGCAACCAUACCGACCAGGUGGAAGAGUACAUCCACCAGUCACCUAAAUGGAGUCCUACCAGCAAGAUCACACCCUUCUCCUCCCUCGAGUUCGUCCGAGUAUCUGAUGCGCGAUCCAUUGGCGACUUUCUACGCGACCUUGACAAGCGUGGUUUGAUCGCUGGGGACUUCAUUUUGGUCCACGGCGACCUUGUCUCAAAUAUCUCCCUGGACAAUGCUCUUGCGGCUCACAAGGCGCGGCGGGAGGCCAAUCGCGACGCAAUUAUGACCGUGGUGCUCAGGUCUGGAGGAGCUGAGGACCACAGAACGAAGUCACAUGGAAUCACACCGGUAUAUGUGGUAGAGUCGAAUACGGGUCGGUGCCUACACUAUGAGGAGACACAUCCCCUGCAGAGCGAUCACUACCUUACUCUGGACCCCUCGAUCCUAGACCAUGACAUCGAGAUCAGGAGUGAUCUGAUCGACAGCGGUAUCGACAUAUGUACCCCUGAUGUGCUGGCGCUGUGGUCGGAGAGCUUUGACUAUGAAUUGCCAAGGAAGAAUUUCCUACAUGGCGUGCUCAAAGACUGGGAGCUUAAUGGCAAGCUGAUAUAUUCAGACAUCGUUGAGGAAGGCUACGCUGCCCGCGCCAGUAACCUGCAGAUGUACGAGGCUCUAGGCCGCGACAUCCUAGGCAGGUGGACGUAUCCAUUUGUUCCAGAUAACAACCUCGUCUCAGGUCAUCACUACAAGAUGGUGCACGAAGACGUCUGCCGCGAAAGAGGAUCAAUGUUUGAGACAAACACUCAAGUAUCGACCUCAGUAGUAGGAGCACAGACUGUGGUUGGCAGCGGAAGCUCGAUUUCAAACAGUAUGAUUGGUCGGCGUUGUAUAAUCGGCAAAAAUGUAAGGAUCGAGGACAGCUACAUCUGGGACGAUGUUGUCAUCGAUGAUGGGACAGUCAUAAAGCGUUCAGUUGUGGGCAACGAGGCAGUACUCGGAAAGAACUGCUCCUUGCUCGCAGGAUCCGUUCUAUCUUUCGGAGUUCAACUCAGCGACAACAUUUCCUUCUUAUCACCACAGGUGCUAUCCCUGUUCUCGCUUGACCGUCACCUGGUAUCGACAGACAAAGCUCUGCUCGGUCCGGAAGGCAAGGGGGCUGCGUUCAAGGACAUUGAGGACGAUGAAGAUGUCGACCCUUCAGACCCUUCAAUCCUUCAAAAAUCUCUCAUCUACUCGCUCGCCGACCUCAACAUAUCCACAUCAUCUAUCUCAACUCUCGCUUCUGAGGUUGAUGACUCUUCAGAUGACGAAGAUCAGUCACUACAACCAGGAGAUCUCGCGGAUCGUGCCCGCCACCCCUCGAUGUCCUCCUUUACCUCUGACGAUAGCACCGCACUGGCAUCAAAGACAUCAUUUCACACAGAUGCAGUUCAAGGACUGCUCGAGGCUCUACGGGGCGAUGAUUCGGAGGACUUUGACUCUGCAAAGUUGGAAUUUAUGGGACUACGACUUUCUCAUGAUGCAUCAGAUUCCUCUGUUCGACGUGCAGUGACUGUUGCAUUUGUCAAGAGAGCUGCCGAGCUUCUAAGCCCCGAGUACGGCGGGCUAGAGCCAACCAAGUCAGCUGAGAAGACCGUCGCUGCUAAGAGAGGCGCCGCGAAGUUUCUUAAAGAAGUUGGCGUCGGCGGUGGUAGUGUCGACGAGCAAGUGGAGUUCACACUCGCCUUGCAGAAGGCACUCGUCAACCUCAGGGACACUGAAGUAGGUAGGGCAGGCACCUUGCUAGCCGCACUACUACAACAGCUAUACAACCUCGACGUUCUGGAAGAGGAAGGCAUCCUAGGGUGGUGGGCAGACAAGAGAGCUGCAGAGGGAGACAGCAUGACCACAGUCAGGGAGAAGACCAAGGUCUUGGUUGAAUGGUUGGAGAACGCAUCAGAGGAAGAGGAGAGUGACGAUGACGAAGAGGACGAGGACGAUGAUGACGAGGAUUGA